CCAUGUUUUCACUUUCCAGCAGCCUUAAAACCUCAUCAAAUUUCGACAUUUUAUUUAUUUUUGAACGCAAAUCAACUUUUCUUUAUACAACUUUGCCGAAUAAGAGAAUGUUUUGGCGGGAACCGAGCGGAGCAGCUAGUUAGGAAGAGGCCUGGUGGGUAGGUGCAUCCACUUAAACCGCAGCAUUUCCAAUAAAAUCGCAGAAAAAUCAUAUUCUUUUUGGAACAAAGUUUCCACAACACAAAUACAUGAUCUUCGAGGCUAAAUUAGAAUUUAGAAAGCCCAAGCAGUGGCACUAGCGUGGGAAUCAAACACAUGCACGUCAGAUGAAAAUAACAACAUGGUUUUUAUUUGUAAUAUAUGCCGGUAUGAGACAAAUAUAGGCAAUGAUUACAAAAAGCACAUGUUCAAGUUUCAUCAUCACGAUGCCAAUUUUAAAGCAGUUUGUGGGUUUUGUAACCGAUCAUAUUCCAAGAUGGAUUCAUUUCGGAAACAUAUCAGACGAAAGCACGCUAAUGAAGCUAACGAAAUCAACGAUUUUAUGCAAGUGAACGAGCAAGUACCAGACACUCCCGUAGGUCUUGUUGAUAAAAAUUAUAAACAAUGUCAUUCAGCAAAAUAUUUAUUGUCAUUAAAAGCCAGUAAAGUUAGUGAAAGGGUUGUCAACGAUAUAAUGGAAACUACCCAGUGUUUUGUGUCGGAUAUAUUGACUGAUGUGAAAAAAGCUGUGGACGGAAAACUGAAGGAUGAAGGUGUCAACAUGGAGAUAGACUAUGAGGGAAUUUUUGAUCAAGGAAACUUAUUCGCUGAUUUAUCAACUACAGUCCAAAGGAAAAAUUACUACAAGGAACACUUUGGUUUAGUGGAGCCUGUAGCCACAAAAUUGGGAUCUGUGUGGAAAUGGCAAAAGGUGACAACAAAGAAGAAAGGAGGAAAAAUGAAAAAGGGAAAAGUUUUGAAGUGGGUGGAAAAGGACAUCCACUUCUAUUAUGUUCCUAUCCUCAAAACCUUGGAGAGUUUACUGAAGAAUCCAGAUGUUCUUAGAGAAGUAGAAAAUGGUCAUUAUAGAAAUGAUGGAAUUCUUGGUGAUGUGUGUGAUGGACGACUUGUUAAGAGGCAUCCAAUUUUCUCAAGCACAAAGAAUGGCAUUCAAAUUAUUGCUUAUUAUGAUGAGAUUGAAGUGGUAAAUCCUCUUGGAUCUAAGACAUCAAAGCACAAGCUUGGUUGCUUUUACUGGAUACUUGGUAAUAUUAGUCCUCAAUAUCGUUCUACAAUGAGAGCAAUACAGCUAUUUGCAAUUGCCAAGUACAAAUAUAUCAAAGAAUUUGGUAUUGACAACAUACUGAGGCCAUUUGUUGAUGAUGUUAAUAAACUAGCCAGUGAUGGUGGUGUGGUUUUGCAAACAUUUGCAGGUUUGCAAAAAUUUAGAGGGACACUUGUACUGUUUCUGGCUGACACACCUGCUGCCAACUCUGUUAGUGGAUUUAAAGAAGGUGUGGGAGCAGCAUUUAGAAUUUGCAGAACUUGUUAUUGUUUCAAGUCCACAGAAGAAAAUGAAAUCCCUUGCAAGCUUACUCACUCAAGUUGCCAGUGCAGAGAACUUCAUGACCAUUUGCAACAUAUUGAAGAUAUAAAUGAUGAUGCCCUUACAAAUGAUGAUCGCAUGUACUGGUCAAAAUUCUGGGGCAUAAACCGAUUAAGUAUUCUCAACGAAAUACGAUAUUUUGAUAUUUGUAAGUGUUUACCUCACGAUAUAAUGCAUAUCUUACUGGAGGGUGUAGUUCCACUGGAGAUCAAAUUGCUAUUGCGGCAUGCAAUUGAUGACUUGGGUUUAUUUACAAUUAACUGGCUAAAUAACACAAUUGCUGAAAUGAUCCUUCAUGGCACAGAGUCAAAAGAUAGACCAUCGCCUAUUGAUCGAAACAUGCUAAACUCUGGUGGCCACAAGUUAAACCAAUCAGCAGCACAAAUUAUCACAUUAUGCAACCUGCUACCUUUUGUUAUCGGAACACUUAUGCCAGAUGAUGAUGAACAUUGGUACUGUAUGAGACUCAUGUUCUUGAUCACAAACCUCAGUCUAGCAUUUGAAGUGACAGAUGGCGAUGCUGUAAUUUUGGCAACUCUGAUACAGGAGCAUCAUACAUUAUACCUUAAACUUUAUGGUGAUGCGGCUACCACUCCUAAGUGGCACUACAUGGUCCACCUUCCAGAUCAAAUGAUACAAUUUGGUCCUCUUAGAAUGCACUGGUGUAUGCGUUUUGAAGGAAAGCAUCACUUUUUUAAGCAAGCGAUCAUCAACAAGAGUUAUAAGAAUGUGGCCCUUACCCUGGCAUAUCAUCAUCAAUACAGCGCCUGUUAUCAACUACUCUUGAAUCCUGGGCAACAGGUCUCUAGUUUUCUGUCGCAUGCCGAAACACCUCUAAUGAAUGAUCAAUCGCCAGACAACAUUGACGCACCUCCCAACGUUAAAGAGAAACUGAAUCAACUAACAGACUCAGGAAAUUUUCCAAUCUCCCAAGCAAUUUAUACAGAAAAGAAUGGGGUUCGCUUUGCUGUUGAUGAUGUGGUCUGUAUGGAAACCAACGGCAUUGAUAGUUUACCUACUUUUGGAAGUAUUAAACACAUCCUGCUAAUUAGAAACGAGACGUUUCUAAUUGUUCAAAGAAUGGCAACAAGAAGCUUCGACGGGCGAUUCUUAUCUUAUCAUGUAGAUUUUACCCCAGAAAAAUUUGUGGUUCGUAUAGAAGAAUUGGGGCAUUGUUUACCGUUAUUUCCCAAAACUAUCUUGGGAAAAAUUUAUGUAAAACUUACAAACAGCUCAUUUAUAGAGUUUGUAGCUUAA